AUGUCGACAGCAUCAGCACCCUCCCGCAACGGCAGUUCAAAGUGGAGUGGAGGUGCUGUACGUUCUCGAGCCGGUGGACAAGGGCGCUCUCACCAGCAACUGCGACAACUCUUCAGCCAAAGCCGAAGCCGGGGGGGUCAGGGGAGCGCUGCCGUCGUGCGCCCACCCGCACCAGCCGUUUCACUUGAUUGUGAAAUGGUAGGAUGCGGCCCAGACGGAAACAUCAGCGCACUGGCCCAGGUUUCGAUCUGCGAUGAAAAUGGUGACGUUUUGCUGGACGAAAUCGUUAUGCCUGACAUGCGGAUCACGGAUUUCCGUCACCACAUCACUGGCCUUUCGUGGAACAUCAUCCGGGACAGAGGAAUUUCUUUCGAGGCGGCUCGAACUCUCGUAACCGAUAUAACUCGAGGGAAGGUUCUUGUUGGCCACGCGCUUCAACACGAUCUCCAGGUCCUCGCUAUCGACCAUCCAGUGCACAUGAUUCGUGACACGAGCAAAUACAAGCCGCUGCGCCCCCCGGGCAUGACUCGGAAUGCUGUGCCUUCCCUCAAGCGUUUGACCAAUCAUUGGCUGAAUCGUGAAAUCCAGACAGGAAUCCACAAUUCUGUGGAAGAUUGUCGAGCGGCAAUGGAUCUUUAUCUGAAGUUCCAGUCGCAGUGGGAGCGGCAGUUCCUCGCUGUCACUGAUACACAGAAAAGUUGGAACUCGGCAAGCGGUUUGGAAGAUGAACAUGCCCACGCAUCAGGCAUUCCACAGACAGCGAACAAGUCCGGACAGGGUUCACGUAAGCGUUCAAGAUGUGAUUACGGAGCCUCGCGUCAGAGCGCCUCCGAAAGGUACGACUCCGAUGACAGCUGCGGCACGACUGAAGCGGCGAGUGUUGCAGCAUCGGAGGGUAGCCCUGCGUCCAACAAUGUUGGUGUCGAUGGCUGCAAGCCACACGGGUCGGUCGAUGGCAGCGCCCGAGGUGACGGCGUUAGCGGUUACGAUCCAACGAGGGAUGCAGAAGAAUUCCCCGGAGUUAGUUUCUCGGGACUGACGAAGAAGGAGCGAAAGAGGCUGAGGAAAAAGCUGCGUUCAGAGCACGCCGGAUCAUUGUUGUGA